AGCUACGCCCAUAUCCGGCCAUGCGGUGACGCCGGCGGGAAGGGGCCGGCGCUGGUUAAAGUGGGGAGUAGUCUCUCUCAGCGUUGUUGUGGACACUGGGAAGUAUCUGAGUGGCUGCCACAGACACCGCCACCAUGUACCUGAGACCCAGGUAUCGGCUGCUUCGGAAUAUUUCUUCCAUUCUUUUCAAGCCACGUAAUCCAUUAACUUCAUGUUUACAUUUGGAGGGAUGUUGCCCGGAACUCACUGAAGGAGAACCCAAGCUGUUAAUGACUGAUGUGCGUAUGAAACUACAUGAAAUUGUUGGUGCAUCGAAAAUCUGGAGGGAACAUCUGAAAUCUGCUGAGGAAAGAAGUUCAUUAAGUUCUCCACCGGUGGAAAGCCAAGACAGCUUGCCAUUACGCUCCAUGAAGGACAGUUAUCUGGAGGUUUUCCUACCAUUGGGAAGCCAACCCCUCUUGAGAGAAAAAUACUUGAAUGUACAUAACUUAGUGAGGUUUGGCAGGAUCCUUGAAGACCUUGAUUCGUUUGGAGUUUUAAUUAGUUAUACUCAUGCCAAAACCGAUUCUCCACGAAGUCCUUUUUCAAUUGUGACGGCACUUGUUGAUGAGAUAGAUCUGGUUCAAAAUGUUAUCUUGCCGGAUUGUGACUUGAAAUUCAGUGGUCAUGUCACCUGGGUGGGAAGAAGUUCCAUGGAAGUCCAGAUGCACAUAUUGCAGUAUCAAAAUGGCACCUUCCUUCCUGUAAUUGAUGCUACUUUUGUAAUGGUGGCACGUGAUACUUCAAAUAAAAGUCCCGCUUUUAUUAAUCCAUUGAAGACCGAGAGUCCAGAGGAAGAGAUUCUCUUUCGACAAGGAGACUUAAACAAAGCAACGAGAACCGCGAUGAAGCGGACUUCAUUACUGAAAACAGCACCAAAUGAAGAUGAGCGGAAAAUUAUACAUGAGAUGUUCCUGGAAACUCUUGAUGACAAGACUAUAAGCUUCCACAGUCGGAUUUUACCAAGUAAUUCAGUGUGGAUGGAGGAUACAAAACUCAAGAGUCUGGAGAUCUGCCACCCACAGGAGCGUAACAUUUUCAACAAAAUCUUUGGCGGAUUUCUGAUGAGGAAAGCUUUUGAAUUAGCAUGGGCAACUGCUUGUGUCUAUGGGGGUUCAAGGCCUUCUGCAGCUGCUGUAGAUGAUAUUCUUUUUCAAAGGCCAGUUGAGAUUGGUGCCCUGCUGUACCUUUCAGCACAGGUUUGUUAUACCAAAGGCGAGUACAUUCAGGUCAGAGUCCACUGCACGGUUGUAGACCCAGUCACCAAAGAGCGCAAUACCACCAAUAUCUUCCAUUUCACCCUUGUCUCUGAGAAAAAAGUGAUGCAAGUUUUCCCAAAGAGCUAUGGAGAAUCUAUGCUGUACUUGGAUGGAAAACGACACUUUGAAGCACGAUUCAACAAAGACCAGAAUUGAAUAAUCCACCACCGUUCAGUUAGACAACUGAAAAGUCUUAAGAAUAAGUGGUUUGUGCAUUUGCUGAUGAAUAUACUUUAUACUUUUCUAAAAUAUUUAUUCUUUGCAGUAUCUGAAUUGCUCGCUAGCUUUAACGUUUUUUUUUUUGCACAGAUACGUGUAUCUAAUGGGUUGCGGCAAAACCUUCAUUAUAGCACUCUAAACUUCACGCCACGCAUAACAACCUUGUAUUAAUAUUCUUUCUCAUGCAGACAUCAACCUAGCAAGACGUAUAUGAAUACUUUGGGUAAUUACUCAUUGUUCAGCAAUAGAAAUCUUCAGUCCGUUUGAUUCUUGUCUGGAUUAAUAACGAUUAAAUUGCAGGAACCACUGUUCUUGCCACUAACGGCAACAAGGAGUUAAUUAUCCAUUUUGAAUUCUAUAUACUGAGAGAUAUAAUUGGAUUGAUUAAUUCAGCCUGACCAACCAAGUACUAUUAAGAUUACUCUGUUCUUAUCUUAAUCAUUGUCCCUUGGUUGAGGCCCUUCUCGCUUAGCAGGGAAACCAUUCAAAUUAAUGUGUAAAAUGCAGUGGCACACUUAACUGAUGCUUUGCAUCAAUUACUUGAGUAUAGAAAAUAAAAACAUAGAAAAUAGGUGCAGUAGGCCAUUUAACCCUUCGAGCCAGCACCGCCUUCUAAAAUCAGUACUGUUCUUGCUUUUUCCCCAUAUCCCUUAAUUCCUUUAGCCCAAAGAGUUAAAUCUAACUCUCUUGAAAACAUACAGUGAAUUGGCGUCCAUUGCCUUCUGUGGCAGAGAAUUCCACAGAUCCCCAACUCUCUGGGUAAAAACAUUUUCCCUCAUCUCAGACCUAAAUGGCCUACUCCUUAUUCUUAAACUGUGACCCCUAUUUCGGGACCAUUUUUCCUGCAUCUAGCCUGUCCAAUCCUUUAAGAAUGUUAUGUUUCUAUAAGAUCCCAUCUCACCCUUCCAAAUUCCAGUGAGUACAAGCCCAAUCGACACAUUCUUUCAUGUUAGUCCCAUCAUCCCAGGAAUUAAGUUGGUGAACCUAUGCUGCACUCCCUCAAUAGCAAUAAUGUCCUUCCUCAAAUUAGGAGACCAAAAUUGCACAAAAUAUUCUGGGUGCAGUCUCACCUGGGCCCUGUACAACUGCAGUAGGACCUCCUUACUCCUAAACUUAAAUCCUCUCGCAAUGAAGGCCAACAUGCUAUUAGCUUUCAUCACUGCCUGCUGUACCUGCCAGCUUACUUUCAGUGACUGAUGUACAAACACACCCAGGACUCGUUGCACCUCCCCUUUUCCUAAUCUGAUACCAUUCAGUUAAUAAUCUGCUUUCCUGUUGUUGCCACCAAAGUGGAUAACCUCACAUUUAACCACAUUAUAUUGCAUCUGACCACUUAUCCAAGCUAUCCAAGUCGCCCUGCAGCCCUAUAGCGUCCUCCUCGCAGCACCCACUGCCACCCAGCUUUGUGUUAUCCGCAAACUUGGAGAUGUUACAUUUAAUUCCCUCGUCUAAACCAUUAAUAUAUAUUGUAAAUAACUGGGGUCCCAGCACUGAGCCUUGAGGAACCCCACUAGUCACUGCCUGCCUUUCUGAAAAAGACCCGUUAAUUCCGACUCUUUGCUUCCUGUCUGCCAAUACCAUGUGCUCACAUUUUGCACACUAAUCUCUUAUGUGGAUCUAAACCAGAGAAGGGAGAAUUAUUUUUUCUACAGCAGGAAGGGCAAGGGUUCACUUGAAUGUGAGAUUAGACCUUUGUCUAAGCAACCACCCCUUCCUUAGAAUCAAUGAUGGUAAGUCCUAAAGUGAUUGUAUCAGUAUUUCUGGAUAUAUCCAGUUAUUCUGAUGGGGAGAGACAAAGUGCUGGAGCAACUCAGUGGGUCAGCCAGCAUCUCUUGAGAGAAGGAAAAGGUGAUGCUUAUCAGUACACUCUGCAAUUUAUAUGUUUACUGAAUCUUAAUUAUCUGCUACCAUGCUUCCAAAGUUCAAAUUUAGAACAUUUAUAUUGGGAAAGUGUAUCAAUGUCAUUAAAUUGGGAAAAUAAAGGUUUUUUAUCACUU